AUGGCAAUAAGGCCACACGUCGACUACAAUGUCAGGCUUGAUGCCAUCGAGGGCCUUGCCAGCUCUGGCAAGCCAGCCAAGCAGGCAAUUGGCUUCUUCCUCUCAGAGACAGCGAUGACCAGCAGCACCAUAGUGCAACGGUUGGGAGAGGCCAUCCAAUUACUGGAGGGCAUUGGUCUUGAGGUCAAGUGUGUGGUCUGUGACCAGGGGUCGACCAAUGUCCGGGCUAUGAAGGACCUUGGGGCAUCCCUAAUGCUCAGGGAGGAUGGUUCCUUGUCCCAUUGCUUGUCCCUCGGAAGAUGUAUCCCACUGAUUUUUGAUGUCCCCCACCUAAUCAAAUCAGUGCGGAACAAUUUAAAGAAACACCCCAUUCAGGUUGAAGGACAAGAGGUCACCUGGCGGCAUAUUGAGGACUUUUUCCUGGAGGAUCGGAAAAGCCCCAUCAGGAUGGCCCCAAAGCUGACCGAAAAGCAUAUCAGCCUGCCGCCCUUCUCUAAUAUGACAGUAAAACUUGCCACACAGGUCUUCUCCCAUUCUGUGGCAGCUGGCAUGAAGACCAUGGUCAUUAAUGGCACCCUGCAGGAAGAGGCACUCCACACGGCCAACUUUGUGGAAAAGUUGGACCGUUUGUUUGACGUGCUGAACUCUAGAAGCAUCAAGGACCAGAAAUACUGGAGGCGGCCUCUGACCGGCAAUUCCAGUAGAAUGGAUUACCUCCAGACCUGCUUGGGGUGGCUAAAAACGUGGAAGUUUGGAUCUUCGAGGACACCACCUUGCCACGCAGGCUUGAUUGCAAGUAUCCAAAGCGUUUCAAAAAUACACCAGGAGCUCCAGAGUGAGGGAGUGACAGUGCUCUGCACGUCAAAACUGAAUCAAGACUGCCUGGAGGCUGAACACAGUUCGUUCUUGCUGCGCUCAGAUCUAAGGUGCUCCUCGUGUCGUGUCUAA